AUUUCAAUGAACUUCCCGCGCUUUUCAAACGGCCAUUAUCGAAAUGCUUCAUCGCUGUUCAGAGUCGCCUCUCCAUUAGGACCCAACCAAAUGAAUUCUGUUAUCAGUCACAAUCUCCAACCCAAGCUAAUCCCCAUCUCCAUUUCCAAACUCAUAUCUUCACUAUCUGUAAUCGAAAGGCCAUCAUUUGUUAGAGCCGACCAAUAUGAACAGGAAGAUCCUGCUCCUUUCCUUGACCCCUUCCACCACUUCAGCAAGUACACAAAAUCCAGGCAACAUACUGUCAAAGACACAAAAAUUAUCCAUACCCAUUUGCUUAAAACAGCUUUAUUGCACUCUGAUAUUGUCGUUGCUAACUCUUUACUCGAUUGGUACUGCAAAUCCGGCGCCACGUUUUAUGCCCUGAAACUGUUUGAUGAAAUUCCUCAAUUAAAUGUUAUUUCUUGGAACCUUAUAAUUUCUGGUUAUGUUCGUAAUAUGUUGUUUGAGGAUUCGUGGAGAUUUUUUUGUAGGAUGCAUUUUUUUGGUUAUAAGCCGAAUGAUAUCACCUAUGGCAGUGUACUGUCUGCUUGUGCUGCUUUGCAAGCUCCUAUUUUUGGCGAGCAGGUGUACGCACUUGCAAUUAGAAAUGGAUUUUAUUCAAAUGGUUACGUUCGGGCAGGAAUGAUAGAUUUAUUUGCAAAAAAUAAUAGGUUUGACUAUGCUUUGAAGGUGUUUUAUGAUGUAUUGUGCGAGAAUGUGGUUUGUUGGAAUUCUAUCAUCUCUGGGGCAGUUAAGAAUGGGGAAAAUUUGGUUGCUUUAGAUCUUUUUGGUCAAAUGUGUCGCAGAUUUCUGCUUCCAGAUAGUUAUACCUUCUCAAGUGUUUUGACUGCAUGUGCUACUCUGGAACAGAUUGAAAUUGGGAAAGGAGUUCAAGGGUGGGUGAUUAAAUGUUGUGCAAAAGACGUCUUUGUGGAGACUGCCAUAGUUGAUAUGUAUUCCAAAUGUGGUGAUAUUAAUGAAGCUGUCAAGAAAUUUUCUCGGAUGCCAGUUCGCAAUGUAGUUUCAUGGACUGCCAUUAUAUCUGGUUUAGUUAAGAGGGGUGAUUUUAUGUCUGCCCUCAAAUUUUUCAAAGAAAUGAGGAAAAUGGAGGAGGAAACAAACAACUUUACUAUUACCAGUGUAAUCACUGCUUGCGCCAGACCAAAUAUGAUUAAAGAGGCAUUCCAAAUCCAUAACUGGAUUUUGAAGACUGGAUUCUCUUUGGAUCCAGUGGUGGGGGCUGCUUUAGUUAAUAUGUAUGCAAAAGCACAUGCUAUUGAUUUGUCCGAGAUGGUGUUUAGAGAAAUGGAAGGCCUAAAGGACCCACGUAUAUGGGCCAUUAUGAUUUCUUCUUUCGCUCAGAAUCAGAGCUCUCAAAGGGCGAUAGGUCUAUUGCAACGAAUGCUACAGGAGGGUCUGAGACCAGACAAAUUUUGUUUUUCCAGUGUCUUCAGUGCUAUAGAUUGCUUGAAUUUAGGGAGGCAAAUCCACUGCUAUACUGUUAAAAUAGGUCUUGACCUUGAUCUUUCUGUUGGUAGUUCUCUUUUCACAAUGUACUCAAAGUGCGGUAACAUAGAGGACUCUUACAAAGUCUUUGAGCGUAUUCCUAUCAGAGACAACAUUUCAUGUGCGUCAAUGAUCAGCGGGUUCACAGAGCAUGGCUAUGAAGAUCAUGCUUUUGAGCUUUUUAGAGAUAUGUUGUCCAAACUAAGACCUGAUCAAAUGACUCUUACUGCAAUUCUAAGUGCAUGUUCUGGUCUUCAUUCUGUAAAGAAAGGUAAGGAAAUUCAUGGGUAUGCUUUCCGUGGUGGAAUGGGUACAGAAGCACUGGUUGGUGGUGGGCUUGUCAAUAUGUAUUCAAAAUGUGGUGCUCUGGAAUCAGCAAGAAAAGUCUUUGACAUGCUUCCUGAAAAAGAUCCGGUUUCAUGUUCUUCCCUGAUUUCAGGAUAUGCACAAAACGGGAGACUUGAAGAGGCAAUAUUUCUGUUUCAUGAAAUGUUAAUGUCCAAUAUCACGACUGACUCAUUCACCAUUUCACCUCUUCUUGGAGCUAUUGCACUUAUGAACAGAUUGGACAUUGGGACUCAGCUGCAUGCGCAUAUCACAAAAAUGGGUUUAGAUUCAGAUGUUUCAGUUGGAAGUUCACUUGUUACAAUGUAUUCUAAAUGUGGAAGCAUAGAAGAAUGCAGUAAAGCAUUUGAUCAGAUUGAGGAACUUGACUUGGUAAGCUGGACAGCUAUGAUUGCUAGCUAUGCUCAGCAUGGAAAAGGUGCAGAGGCUUUAAAAAUCUAUGAGCAGAUGGGGAGAAGAGGGAUUAGACCCGAUUCAGUGACUUUUGUUGGGAUUCUCUCUGCCUGCAGCCGUGCCAAUUUGGUUGAAGAAGGCUAUUUCCAUUUUCAUGCAAUGAAGAAAGACUUUGGGAUUGAGCCUACUAACCGUCACUAUGCUUGUAUGGUUGAUCUUCUUGGUCGUUCAGGACAAUUGAAAGAGGCUGAGAAGUUCAUUAGAAGUAUGCCUAUCGACCCUGAUGUUUUAGUUUGGGCAACACUGCUUGCUGCUUGCAAAAUACAUGGAGACGUGGAACUUGGAAAGAUAGCAGCAAAAAGGGUCAUGGAAUUAAACCCUAAUGAUGAUGGAGCUUAUGUCUCGUUGUCAAAUAUCUGUGCAGAUAGAGGCCAGUGGGAGGAAGUCCUACAGAUCAGAAACCUAAUGAAAGGCACAGGGGUGAGGAAGGAAGCUGCUUGGAGUUUCAUGUGGAACACAAAUUUGCCUCCUUUUCCUUAAAUAAUUAAUUAGCUUCAACUGGAUCCUCACUCGCAACUUCAGAGUCCUGGAAAUAACUCCUCCAGCACCUCAUAGAUCCUCACUCGCAACCUCAGAGUCCUGGGAAUAACUCCUCCAGCACCUCAUUAGUCAAGUAUGCCUCCUUUAGUAAAACUUAAUGGAGAAUGUCCUUUCUUGUCCACUUAAGUUCCUCUUGCAAGACACCCUAUGUUGGAAAAGGUUGGGCAAAAUAUGGCAUUGGCCCCAUCAGAGCAAGACUCUGGGUAACCAAAGUGAACAAGCCCACAGCGAGAGUUGGUUAAAUAACAGCUUCAGCACAAGUUACUCAAUAUUGAUAAGAAAAAAUUGAAUCAUUUUAAUAAACUUCAUAACUCAAAGGAUUGUAUUCUUUUUUCUUUGACAAAAUGAUAGCCUUCAGUACAGAAUAUACAUUUGCUGCUGAAAAAUUACAACAAUUUUUUGGUGUACUAGCAAUUUCUUUCAACUAUUGUUCUAGCAAGCUAUAAGCAGUUCUAGGAAAUAUUCGCA